CUUCUCUCUUGACUCGUCACAGUUUGCACUGACUCCGAUUGACUGCACAGGACACGGUGACAGGAUAACAGCAAGUUGUGCAACACGUCAUUACACUCCCAUUUCAGAAGUGACUUCAUCUCAUAAACAGCUUUUCUCAACCUGAAAGGAUGAUACGUACCAAUGACAGAGGAUGUAGCGAACUAUACUAUAAAGGGAGACACCUGCAGCUUAACCAGCUCAAAAGCAUGCGAAUACGGAAUGAAUAUCUGUAUAAAACAAUCCCAGAAUACCCAGAGGAGGUGGAUUUCCAAAUGACAAAACUUCGGCACAACACUAACCUCCAAGGAUUCCUUGGCAUCUGGGAUUCUGAGGGAUUUAAAAAGCCGAAACGCAGCAAGUCAGCAGAACGCGAUCUGGUAUGGUGGAGCCCAGACAUUUCCAAAGAUGACGUUACUUCGGCUGAGCAGCAAUACUUGGAUACCAAACAGUGUGAUGCAGAAAAACCUUUCCUGCACAAGUUCACCACUUCCCCAGCCUUUCUGUCAUCCUCUCGCAUGGGGAACUUCCGUUUCAGCAUGUCAAUCCAUGAGUUGAUGCGUAGCUUUCAACAACAGUUCUGUCCAGGGCAAGAACCAGACAUUCGCACUUUUGAGACUGUGGUCUAUAAGCAGGAAGUGAUGCAUUCUAUUGUGGUUCAUGCGCCUCGUGCACGUAACCUGUUCUCUAAGUAUCCCCUUCUCGAGGAUACCCAGGAACCAGCGUGUAAGUUCCAUGAAAACACCAUUAUCUGGCGUCCACAGGCAAUCUGUAAAACACAUCGUUUCAGGCUGUCUCGUAACAUGAAAGCUAUUCGAAUAACUGUAAAAGCCAGAGAAGAGUACAUGUGGGAUAACAUCGGAGUGGCAUUCCAUGUUCCACAUGGACAAAUCUUCCACUUUAACAAGAAAAUUCUGUUUAAUAGUCUCAUACUCUGUGAGGGAACUCAUCCAAAACUUAACACAGAAGAGUUUGUGAAGUGUGAGUUUGGCCCUAUCAGGCCUUAAAGUAAAUAUGAGCAUCCAUUACUUGAAGCUGGCACAGAAAAUAAAAGUGAUCAGAAAGUUUUUGUAAUCACACAUGUGAGGGAAAUAUUUGUUUUUUACCUGUUUGUUUUACUAUUUUAAGAAUAUAAUUGUCCAUGCUGCAUUAAUAAAGCACUGAUGCUGAAAAAACAA